CCCCACUCUUAAAUUAAUUCAGUGAACCCAGCAAUAAAAGCUAUUCAGUUAAGAAUUUGAUGACAUUGAAACUUUAUUCAUUUCUGCAGCAUCAGUUAAGGAGAGAGCUUGUAUUUUAUUCUUGCAAUGAGAAAACGCAUGAUUCUUUAUUAAAAAGAAUUACAUUUAUUUUCUUAGGAAAAAACGGUGAUGAAAUAUAAAAAGCAUCAUAGUUUUAAUAUUCAGACAGGAGACGACUUGGAGCCACUUUUUAUCCUCGACAAAGAAAGCUUUCCAAUGCAUAUCAAAUAUAUAAACAUCCACGUGCCACAUAAUAUUGUAACAGAAAGGAAUAAACGAAGACAAAAUAUACUGUGUGUAUGUGGUUUCAUGGUGACCUUGGUUAUUGCAAUUUCUAUAACUAUCAGCGUUGUUAUGCAGAACACCAACAAUCACCAAUCGCAACUUCUGACUGAUAUUUCAGAGCAAAAUAAUGAAACAGCUCAGAUUUCAAACAAUACAAUCAACAGAAGAAGAUAUAUUUCAAAAGGUGCUGUCAAUUUUCUUCAUUCGUUAAAAGAGUUUAUCCCAUGCCAUAACACAUGUAGGAAAUAUUCGGCAUUUCGAUUCAAAUCGACAUGUGAAAAUGGAAGAUGUAAAUGUCGAAAUCCGUUUUACGAUACCAAUACCUGUUUACCGGUUGUAAAAGGGUGUGCUAUUUAUAAAACCAAGAGACUAACAAAGCAUAUUCUAAACGAAAAAAGAUCUACUUUUAGUUGUUACACAGACAGAGACAUUAACAAUCCGGACUCUGAAAUACACGUCGUAAGCAUGUACGGUCAGACUGGACAAGAAAAAUCUUUUCUUCAAUUGAACCUGGCAAAUAAGUCAAGGAGAAAAGAUAUAAUACUAGUUUUAGCUAAUUUUCUGAAAACGGAAUGGAUUUUACAUGCUUCAGAUAUGGUGAAGACAAGAAAAGUUUAUAUUAUAUCAAAUAAGUAUUUAGAGGAAUCAAACAUCAGUAUGAAGCAAUUCAACAGCAGUAUUAAUGUGACUAAACUUUACUCACGAGUAGGAUAUGGUGAUGAUCGAUAUAAUGGUUAUACUAUAGAUUUGUUACAGACUAUCAACUCAAAUAUUGGACAAAUAACAUCUUUUCAGGGUGCAAAGUAUUUAUCAAAAUGGAAAAUAAAUCUAUGACUUCUUAUACAUUUAAAGUUGCAUUUAUUAAAAAAAUAAAAUACCUCAUCGCUUUACAUUGGCUGAUUAGUAUGUAUUUGAUCAUGAUUAUAAAUUAUUGUAUCUUUCACAGUUGUAGAUUGAUAUUAAACCUGUAUCGUUA